AAUAUUAUAUUGUAUUUAAUUGGAGGUUCAUACCAUACCCACCCAUUAACUACUCUCACAUCCAUUGCAUUCUGUAUUGCUUUGGGGUAUGACUAGUGAAUUUUUCUCUUUCCAAAGUGUUGAAUUCUGCGGUUCUCGGAAAUUUUUGGAAGUCAAUCAACUGCUGCAUACCCACUAAAUUCAGCAUCCAAUUCUCUUCAAGAUUGAAAAUUUGAAAGUGUCUACCAAAAGAGUUGUGAAUUGCAGCUAAUGUGCUCUCGUAUUCAAUAUUUUUCGCAGCAAUUCAUGGGCUGACAUAUUCAUUUUGUUGACGCUUAAUUUAUAUUUCUGGGAAAGAAUUCUAUUUGUUGGGUUCAAAUGAAUACUCGUUACUUCUUUACGCCAGAAUCGUUGUGUAAUUCAGGAAUUGCAGUUCCAUUUUCGUCAGUUUCUCCCACAGGAGAGGACAGAAUGGCUGGGGGUGUCCGGAACAGGUCUUCUCGUUCUCCUCCUUCUUCUUUUUUGAUAAGAAUGGCCGUGAGGAUAUCGAGAGCAAGGUGGUACAGUUUCCUAAGAAGGGUGUUUCAUUACCAGAAUGCAUCAAGAUCUUCUGAUCUUGGGUCCAAUCCAUUCAACUCCGGGACUUGGAUGGUCAUGGAGGCUAUAGCUCUGGUUGUCCAAAUUGUUGUCACAACAUAUACUCUGUCUAUUUCCAAGGCAGAGAAGCCAAUUUGGCCUAUGAGAAUAUGGAUUCUAGGGUAUGGUUUUGGCUGUGUCCUCAGCCUGCUGCUACUCCAGUGGCGCUACCGGCACUUUCAUGCCACUCUGGGAGAUGGACUAAGCCUCCCCAAUGUAGAACAGCAGAGAAGCAAUGAAGAAUCCAGGAGUGUUGUGUUAAUGCAUAAAUGCCGGACUUCUCUUGAGCUGUUCUUUGCAAUAUGGUUCGUGAUGGGUAAUGUUUGGGUGUUUGAUUCUCGAUUUGGAUCUUUUCGUCGAGCUCCCAAGCUUCAUGUGCUCUGCAUUGCUCUGCUUGCUUGGAAUGCUCUCUGCUACUCAUUUCCAUUCCUACUGUUUGUGUUCCUAUGCUGUUGUGUGCCGAUGAUUAGCAACUUCCUCGGAUACAACAUGAACAUGGGAUCCACUGAUAGAGGGGCAUCUGAUGAUCAAAUUUCCAAUCUACCUAGCUGGAGAUACAAAGAAGUGGACACCAAUUUAGAGCUCGGAAAAUCAGUUGUGGAUAAGGAAAAUCCAGAAUGCUGUAUUUGUCUAGCCAAGUAUAGGGAGAAGGAAGAGAUCAGACAACUGCCAUGUUCACAUACAUUUCACCUCAAGUGUGUUGAUCAAUGGCUGAGAAUUAUAUCUUGCUGUCCUCUUUGUAAACAAGAACUAGAGAGGUAAAAAAAAAAAAGCAAGAUGGCAAUUGAGGAGCUGAAGUUGAUCAAGCCCUUUUUUAACCCUUUCCUUUUUUCUUUUCUUUUUAUCUUUUUUACUUUUUCAAUAUGAUUCUGAUUUUUAUGUAAAUUACUUGUGGUUACUUGAGUGAGUUUAUUGUUUGUACCUUGUAGCUCACCAGUAACUUAUAAUAUUUGAAGUCUACUACACUACCUGGAGAUGUUAGAAUCUUUGCUUCCCAAGGGUAGUAGCAAGAGUCAUUUAUUCCUUCCAAAUACUUGUAUAUGCUUUCCUAAAUACAAAUACUGAAUAAUGCAUUGACAA